AUGGCAGCUGCUGAUCUGAUGGUCAUUAUCUCUUAUGUUAUACUAACAAGAUUUCGCUAUUAUUAUUAUGGGCUGUCUUUCCUGAACAUUACUCCUGUGUGUAGUGUCAUUGAGGUCCUGCUACGCACAACUAGAGACUGCUCUGUCUGGUUCACAGUCAUGUUCACCUUUGACCGAUAUAUAACUGUUUGUUGUCAGAAGCUGAGAACAAAAUAUUGUACUGCAAAAACUGCGACUGUGGUUCUAGCAACAACCUGCAACCUGUUCUGUUUCAAAAAUAUCCCCUUCUAUUUUUCGAUUGAGUUGCUGAGGAUAAUCAACAAUGUGCCAUUCGACUGUAUAACAAAGACAAGCUACUAUACUGAGACUUGGUGGGUGGCAUUAGAUUGGCUUGAUACAGUUUUAACUCCGUUUUUGCCAUUCACUUUCAUCCUGUUACUCAAUGCUCUGACAGUCAGACACAUUUUCGAGAGCAGUCGAGUCUGGAAGAGGCUGAAGGGUGAGAGCAAAGGAGACAAUCCCAGAGACCCAGAGAUGGAGAGCAGAAGGAAGGCUGGGAUUUUGCUCUUCACUAUUUCUGGGAGCUUCAUCCUCCUGUGGUUAAUCGCUGUUGUUGCUUUCUUGUAUUAUGCCAUCCGAGGAAUCAGUACUGCUGAUUACCCGCCUUUUCUAUAUGACUUCAGUACAGUUGGUUACAUGCUGCAGAAUUUAAGUUGUUGCACAAACACAUUUAUUUAUGCAGUAACAUUGUCUCGGUUCAGAGCGAAAAUCCGUCAUGCAGUGAAAUACCUGGUUACGCACAUUCCUCGCAUUAUGAAUAAAUAA